ACAAUUGGCUUCAACGCUUCAAACUUCAACGUUGCGUUGAGUCAAUUUUUAUCAUUCUUUAAUUCGAAAAUGUCGUUUCAGAAUUUUAUGUCUACUAUAAUCUGACGUGUGUGUGUGUGUACUAUAAACUUACUUCUUUACGGCCAGAUAAUCCAUACAAUAUGUCGUUCUCAUUCGGUACCCCGUCUAGUGCUCCCGCCAACACCGGACUUUCAGGAGGUUUUAAUUUUGCUGCUAAACCAGCAACGCCUGGAUUCGGCUUAACGGCUACAACACAAGCAUCAACAGGUCUCUUUGGGACCCCUGCUACUUCUGCGCCUGCAUUUGGCUCAACGGGAUUUGGGGCAACAACUACACCUAAGUUUGGGACUACCCCAACGCUGGGUGCCACACCUGCGUUUGGUACUACUCCAGCCUUGGGUUCUACGCCUGCAUUUGGUACUACCCCAGCAUUGGGUAGUACUCCCACGUUUGGGACUACUCCAGCAUUGGGAACUGCAUUUGGAACCACACCUGCUCUAGGCACCACCCCAGCUUUUGGAACUACCCCAGCACUGGGCACGACUCCAGCCUUUGGGACUACUUCAACUGCUCCCACAUUCGGUACUGGAGCCCCAGCAUUUGGUGCAACAACCACCUCUGCAUUUGGGACUACAAAUACCCUUGGCACUGGUUUAGGAGGCGGAGGGCUUGGUGGCACUGGUCUCGGAGGUGGAGGACUUGGAGGUGGAGGAUUGGGUGGUGGACUGAAUUUUGGCACUGGCUCAACCCUAUCAGCGCCUAGCACUGGUUUGAAUUUAGGAACAACUUCAGUUACUGGUACACAGCCGACAACUUUAGUUACUCCAAGCUUGGGCCUUGGUGGUGUCGCUGCAACUACUACAGGCAUUGGGGCAGCAAAUGCUACUGAUGCAAAAACUGAGCCCCCAAAGCAGACUAAACUGCCAAACGAGAUUUCAACCACAGUUGACUCAUUCAAAGAGUUUGUGAAGAAACAGAAAUCACUCAGUUCUGAAGUCAUGCGGGUGUCUAUCAAACCUCUUCAUAAGGUGUCUCGAGAAGCGGAGUCCACACUACGGCUAGCGCUGUCGCUGAGCGGCGAGGUGAACAAGGCGCGUGCGCAGGCGCGCAGGCUGCGGGCGGGCGCCGCGGCCGCGCUCGCCGCCGCCGACGGCGCCGCCCGGGACCACCACACGCCAGGCUUAGAGCUAGAAAGUCCCGCUCCGCCGCCGUACGUGAAAGAUUUAGUGGCGGAGUUAGAACAACAGCUGAUCACGUUCCGACGGCAGAUGGACGUCGCCGACAAGCAGAUGCAGGCCGAGCCCAAGCUGCUCACUGAACAAGAACUGACAUUGGGUAUUCGUCGCAUGCACGAGUCUCUAGUGGCGUUGGCAGGGCGUCUGCAAACGGUGCAUUCCCAAGUUGAAGCUCAGAAGGAACAGUACCUCAAUCUGAGGAAAUACGUGCUCAAGGACCCUAGCAACGUGUUUGAAACGCGCUCUUAUAGUACAAGUCUCGACCAGAUCCUGAAAGACGCUGAAUCUUCAAAGAAGAAGACCAAGACCAGCCACUUCGGCCAAUCGAGUGAUGUCUCCUACGGCAGUGCGGUGUUGAGCGAUCCUAGAGCAGCGCUUGGCAACAUACAACAGUUGGCGGGCCCAACUCCAUUCAACUACGUGGCGAACACCAUAUCUACUUUCCCCACUGCAGAUACUAGCGGCCCCGGCUGGCAGCCCGCGGCCGCGCCCGCGCCGCCCAGCUUCCAGCUGCAGAAGCCGCCCGGCAAGCGCGGCAAGCAAUGAUACUGACGGUAGGCGGGCUCCCACACCGCCGUCAACAUUACGAGGACUCACACAACCGACCAUGAAUAAAACACACAUGAUGACUUCAAACUAGAAACAAAACGAACCAAUUUCAAACCAUGAAUAAAACACACAUGAUGACUUUAAACUAGAAACAAAAAACUAACAAAUUUCAAAAUUAUUACUCCCAAAUUAGCUCGUGUCUCAACUGGGCCGCCGUCGCGAAAUACAGAUGUCUAUUCACGAAGUUUUAAAUAGACAUAUCUAUACUCUUUCUAUGUCUUUAGUUAUCUGACUGAACUAGGUGAACCUCUGGCUACAUAUGCCUUGAAAACGAUCGUGAAAGACACACGGCCUUAAUAUGUCAUUUAUUGAGAUGGAACCUACAUCUCAAUAAAUGUCAUAUUAAGGAUUAACCUUAUGUGGACUAUGAAGCGCACUUAAAGGGAACCGCAGACAUAUUCUUGUGAGUUCAUAUGCGCACGCGUUGUUUAUGGGAUUAUGCGAUAUGUGCGGAACGUUUCUCAUAUUCCCGUAAAGAACAGAGACAGAGGGAUUGUCUCUGUUCAUUGCUUUAUUUUUUUUUACAUAAAAAAUGUUUUGAUAAAAGAUUGCAUGUUAUAGUGCAUAGUAUUUUUUGGCGUACCCGGCGAUCCUCUCCAUAUUGGUGAGGAUAUAUCCGGGACAAUGGCCAGUAGGAAGGUAUAAUAAUAAUGCUUAGUUUUAGAGCAUCGGCUAAGAUUCCGGAUACAAACAAGCGUGCUCGUUUUAACGUUAGUACCUUCGAAUCCUACCGCAGCUCAGUCGCCUGUAGGAAAACCUAUAGUUUGAUUAAUUUAAAUAAACUGUGGUUCAUGUUUAUGUGCGGCGACUGUACCUAUUUUUUUAGUUAGUAUAUAAACGUUAACCGAUGCUUUUACGGUGAGGGAAACAUCGUGAGGAAUCUUGGAUAUUUAGGUAACUGGUUGUGUCUGUGUAACCAUGAUCCAAAUUGGAUUAGGUUCUGUAAAGUUUAGGAGGGCAGACGGGGGUCGCUUCUUGUAAAAACCUGACUUACCCAGAUCAUUGUCUCAGGCGGACCCCCGGGUCGUAGAAGCGAGGACGCAUCCAGGACUCACGCCAAAAGGAUGAUUGAUGAUGCCAUUAGGAACACUCAGAUGAGAUGGCACAACUAUUUGCAACUUUAGUUUUUACAAACAGAUAACUGGGAUGCUAUUAUAUGAGCUGAUAAUAGUUAGUCCACGAGGAAAUCGCGAAUGUUAUUAUGCUUGUAGUUUAAAUUAAUUUAUAUGUUAAGAAACUGUAAAUAAUGUAUUAGUCAUAUGUAACGUGUUUCAUUAAUGAGUGCAUUAAAAAUAUUGUAUGGUGAUUUCAUAGUUAUUGUAUGUUAGGAUGAAUGGCGUAUUUUUGUACAUAAAUACUUGUUGAAGUAAUAAAAGUGUAAAGC